ACUCGAUUUUGGAUCUAAAUUUCUCCCGAAGCACUGUUUGGAUCAGAAAAACCUUCUGGAGUCCAACAUCUCACCUGAAUCAAACCUGAACAGCUCCUCACCGUGGUCUUUCCAGGGACUUAUGAACACAGAGUGAAAGAUCAGUGAUAUAAAUCAGACUCUUCACAAGGUCAAAGAUGAGCUCACCUUCAGAAAUCCUCCUGGGAAUCCUGGAUGAUUUGGGAGAUCAAGACUUUGGAAGGUUCAAGUGGUAUUUGUGGCAAGAUGGAGUCCUUGAAGGGUUCAAACCAAUCCUGAAGAGUAAACUGGAGACAUUGCAGAGGGAGGGCACAGUGGAUGAGAUGUGCCAGACCUACAACACUCAUGCUCUUGAAGUCACUAAAAUGGUUUUAGAGAAAAUGAAGAAAAAGGGUGUAUGGCAGAAACACUCUAAAAAUAUCUCACAGCCUGAAGUUUUAGGGAAAGACGGUCCUCAAGGGUUUGAUUUGUCAGCAACAUCUAAGAGCUGUCAGAAGGAACUCAAGUCCAACCUGAAGAGGAGUUUCGAGUCUAUGUUUGAGGGAGUCGCUGAGGCAGGAAAGCCGACCCUCCUGAACCAGAUCUACACAGAGCUCCACAUCACAGAGGGAGGGGCUGCAGAGGUCAAUCAGGAACAUGAGGUCAGACAGAUUGAAACAGCAUCCAGGACAGCAGACAGAGCAGAAACAAGCAUCAGACCAGGAGACAUCUUUAAAGCCUCACCUGGAAGAUCUCAACCAAUCAGAACAGUGCUGACAAAGGGAGUGGCUGGCAUUGGGAAAACAGUCCUGACUCAGAAGUUCACUCUGGACUGGGCUGAAGACAAAGACAACCAGGACGUCCACUUCAUAUUUCCAUUCACCUUCAAAGAGCUGAAUGUCGAGAAGGAGAAGAAGUUCAGCUUGGUGGGACUUGUUCAUCACUUCUUCAAUGAAACUAAAAAGACAGGUAUUGACAACUUUGAAGAAUUCCAGGUGAUCUUCAUCUUCGAUGGUCUGGAUGAGUGUCGACUCCCUUUGAACUUCCGUCGAGCUGAGAUCCUGACUGAUGCUACAGAGUCCACCUCAGUGGAUGUUCUGCUGAUAAACCUCAUCAGGGGGAAACUGCUUCCCUCUGCUCGCCUCUGGAUCACCACACGACCUGCAGCAGCCAAUCAGAUCCCUGCUGACUGUGUGGACAUGGUGACAGAGGUCCGAGGGUUCACCGACCCCCAGAAGGAGGAGUACUUCAGGAAGAGGUUCAGAGAGGAGGAUCAGGCCAGCAGGAUCAUCUCCCACAUCAAGACCUCCCGAAGCCUCCACAUCAUGUGCCACAUCCCGGUCUUCUGCUGGAUCACUGCUACAGUUCUGGAGGAGGAGCUGAAGAGCAGAGAGGGAGGAGAACUGCCCAAGACCCUGACUCAGAUGUACAUCCGACACCUGGUGGCCCAGGUUGAAAUGAACAAUGUCAAGUAUGAUGAGGAACCUGCCACAGCUGAAACCUUGAGUCCAGAGAGCAGGGAGAUGAUAGAGUCUCUGGGAAAACUGGCCUUUGAUCAGCUGCAGAAAGGAAACCUGAUCUUCUACGAACCCGACCUGACAGAGUGUGGCAUCGAUCUCAGAGCAGCCUCAAUGUACUCAGGAAUGUUCACAAAGAUCUUUAAAAAGGAGAAAGGCCUCCGUAAGUCUUUGUUCUGCUUCAUCCAUCUUAGCUAUCAGGAGUUUCUGGCUGCUCUUCAUGUCCAUCAGACCUUCAUCAACUCUGGAAUCAACCUGCUGGAAGAGAAACAAACAACCAUUCAACAAUCUCCACAACAGCCUCAACUCCACCAUCUCCAUCAGAGAGCAGUGGACGAGGCCUUGAAGAGUCCAAAUGGACACCUGGACUUGUUCCUCCGCUUCCUCCUGGGUCUUUCCCUGGAGACCAAUCAGAGUCUCCUUCAAGGUCUACUGACACAGACAGGAAGUAGCUCACAGUCCAUUCAGGAAACAGUCCAGUACAUCAAGAAGAAGCUGGAUGAGAGUCUGUCUGCAGAGAGAAGCAUCAAUCUGUUCCACUGUCUGAAUGAACUGAAUGAUGGUUCUCUGGUGGAGCAGAUCCAACAGUUCCUGAGAUCAGAGUAUUUAUCUACAGAUGGACUGUCUCCUGCUCAGUGGUCAGCUCUGGUCUUCAUCUUACUGUCAUCAGAAUAUGAUCUGAAGGAGUUUGACCUGAAGAAAUACUCUGCUUCAGAGGAGGCUCUUCUGAAGCUGCUGCCAGUGGUCAAAGCCUCCAGCAAAGCUCUGUACGUACUUUAUGAUCGAAUAUGGACCACAGUAUGGGCUCAGUUUUAUUGUUCUGCCAGCACAUAAAUAAUAUUCUUCCAAAAAAUGAGAUUUUCAUUAGUGAAACAGAAGUUCCUUUGCAAACAUCCUGUUUACAUAUGCAAAGUACAAAACUGCUUUCAAGACUCUGAAUUGCUGUUGUGAAUUCUGUCCUUGUCUUUAUACGUCUAUCUGAUUGGAUGUUAAGAAAUUGAAUAGUUCAAUCAUGAAGUAGAUGGUGUCCUACCCCCUGGAGACUCUUAAAGGAGAGUAGAGUUUCAACAUGAUUAAAAAAGAAAUCAAAUGAGUGUCAUUUUUAAGUGUUGUUCACAGUUAAGUACAAGUACAGUAUGCUCA